AUGCGUUUCACUUCUGCCGUCGUCAUUGCCCUCAUCGGCGCUGCUCAGGCCUCGCCCAUCGCUGCCCCUGAGCCCGUUCUCAACACCGUGGGCUUGGAUGCCCCCAUCGAGGCUCGCGCCAUUCUCAGCGGCGGCGAGGAAGCCGCCGCCCUCGACAAGCGCCUCGAGCCCAUCAGCACCGCCAUCCUCACCGCUGCCGGCACUGCGGCGGCCACUGCGGCGGUCAACGCGGCGGUCAAGGCCAUCGAAAACGCCAUCAAGGGCCUUCAGAACUGGGACAAGGCCCGAGAGGAGUUCACCAAGAAGGUCACGGCUGAAAUGUGGUCCAAGGCCGACAAGACGGCCUACUCUGCUGCCGUCUGCUACAACAUGGGCUACGACGCCACGAACAUCGACGGCAAGACGUCCGUCCAGAUCAAGUCGGGUCUCCUCAAGACCAGCUACGACUGCUUCUUCAUGAAGGCCGGAGCAAACACCUUCCAGGCCAAGGGCGAUGGCGGUUUCCAGAACCUGGCGGCUCAGCACGACAGCCGCUGCACUUAUGACAGCAAGUCGGUCAAGCUUACUUGCAAAUAG